CAUGAGUGUUAUUCAUAUAGCUUAAUUUUACUUCAUUGAGUCAACAUUUCACAUUCAUACAGUAAAGCUACAAUUAUCAUGGCAAAUACCAAUGCUCUCAAGGCACAGUCGCUUUUCGACCUCUCCGGCAAGGUCGCUCUUGUCACCGGAGGAGGUUCUGGAAUCGGGCUCAUGGCUGCACAAGCCCUAGCCGGGAACGGCGCCAAAGUCUACAUCUGCGGCCGAACUAAAGAAAAGCUCGAGACAGCGGCAUCAACUCACGGCGAAGAGGCUCACGGCGAAAUCAUUCCCAUCCAAGCAGACGUCAACUCCAAAGAAGGCAUCAAAUCUCUCGUCGAAGAGCUCAAGGCGCGGGAGAAAUGCCUGUGUAUUCUUGUUAACAACGCCGGCGUCAGCAGCUCCAAACAUACGACUGCGGAAGCGCAGUCUGCUGAGGAGCUGAAGAAGUCGCUUUUCGACAGUGAUGAUGCCACUUUUGACGAUUGGACUGAAGUGUAUCGGACUAAUGUUGCAGCCAUGUAUUUCACCACUGCUGCGCUGCUGCCGAUGUUGCAGAAUUCUACGGAGACGAAUCCUGGAUGGUCAGCCACUGUCAUCAACAUUACAUCUAUCUCGGGCCUUAUCAAAACAAGCCAGCAUCAUUUCAGCUACAACACCUCCAAGGGUGCGGCAGAACACUUGACACGCAUGCUGGCGGCGGAAAUCGCUGCUGCGGGACUCAAGAUUCGCGUCAACAGCAUUGCGCCGGGCGUCUUCCCCAGCGAGAUGACUACGGGGGAGAGUAAUGAGGAUCAAAAGAGUCAGUUGGGCAAGUCCAAGUUUGAGGACAUGAUUCCUGGUAGUCGUCCGGGAAAGGAUGAAGACAUGGCACAGGCGGUACUGUUCCUUGCGACCAAUCAGUUUAUUAAUGGACAGAGGGUUGUGGUUGACGGAGGACACACGCUGGCUGACGGAUUGUAACCAAGACUGCAGAGAGUCAAAUCGGCUGGUUAUGAAGUCACCUUGUUAAUAUAUGUCAAAAUAAAGCCAGGUUCUAAGUUAGGUUGUGAGAAGUGUAAAUGGCUCAGUUCAGUUCAUUCCGCAUAGGUGCGAUUAUGAGGCCACAGAACAAGAG